AUUACUGACACUAUGCGUGAGUACAAAAUUGUUGUGUUGGGCAGUGGCGGUGUAGGCAAAUCUGCCUUAACCGUGCAGUUCGUGCAAGGCAUAUUCGUGGAAAAAUAUGAUCCCACAAUUGAGGACAGUUAUCGUAAACAGGUGGAAGUAGAUGGUCAACAGUGCAUGUUGGAGAUUCUCGACACUGCUGGCACAGAACAAUUCACAGCCAUGCGUGAUCUUUACAUGAAAAAUGGCCAAGGCUUCGUACUCGUCUAUUCUAUAACAGCACAAUCAACAUUCAAUGAUCUGCAAGAUCUGCGCGAACAAAUAUUGCGCGUGAAAGAUACAGAUGAUGUACCAAUGGUGCUAGUGGGUAACAAAUGCGAUUUGGAAGAUGAGCGCGUCGUAGGAAAAGAACUGGGUAAAAGUCUGGCCACACAAUUUAACUGCGCCUUCAUGGAAACAUCAGCCAAAGCUAAAGUUAAUGUUAAUGAUAUUUUCUAUGAUCUGGUUAGGCAGAUCAAUAAAAAGUCACCCGAGAAGAAACAGAAGAAACCUAAAAAGUCCUUAUGUUAUCUGCUAUAAGACUACAAUUUUAAAAGAAAUAUAUAAAAAUAUGGUAUUGAUUGAAGCAAAUAAACAAACAAAUAGUGAGGAUAAAAAAUGUUUGAGUACCAAGGAAACAAUUGAGAAAAACAUUGCUGUUAAAUGUGGGGGUUUUCUAAAGUCCGCUAUCCUUCUCGCUGUCUCUUUAGAUAUACAUAUAGAAAUAAAAAUUGAAAUACAUAAAUAUGUACUUGUAAUGAUGAUAUAGACAAAAAAUUUAAUAAAAAUUGUAUUCACUAUAGGCGAAAUUUUGAAA